AUGUAAAUCUUGAAUACAGUUUAACUGAUGAGUAUUGCAGACAUCAUUUCCUGGUGGGGAUGCUUCUCAGAGAAGCCUCUGUUGCCUUGCAGGACAACUACGAUAUCAGAUAUACAGCCAUCUCAGUCUUAAAAAAUCUCUUGAUAAAGCAUGCCUUCGACAACAGAUACCAACACAAGAACCAGCAGGCCAAAAUAGCCCAGCUCUACCUGCCGCUGUUUGGGCUGCUCCUGGAGAACCUCCAGCGAGUGGCCAGCCGCGAGGCUCUCUACUCCUGCGCAGCCGCCUCCAGCCCCGCAUCCAGGGAUGAAUUCAUGUGCAGUUUUGCAUCUCCCUCAAAUAGAUCCAGCCUGAUUGCAGACAAAGAUCCAGCUUGCGGAGCAGCACUUCCAAACGGGCAUGCAAUAAAGCGAGAAGACUCAAAAGGAUCCCUGAACUCGGAGGGGGCAACCAGUUCCCCGGAUCAGAGUGAAAAUAUCCGCAGAAGCUCCACGAGGAGCAGCAUGUCGCAGUGCAGCCGCCUGGACCAAUUUGAGAUCCGGACACUCCUGAUGUGCUACCUCUACAUUGUGAAGAUGAUCUCUGAAGAUACUCUUUUAGCUUACUGGAACAAAUUCUCCCCCCAAGAGCUGAUCAAUGUCCUUGUGCUUCUGGAGGUGUGUUUAUUUCACUUCAGAUACGUGGGGAAGAGAAAUAUUGCCAGGGUGCAUGACGCCUGGUUAUCCAAGCACACAGGAGCUGAUAGGAAAUCCCAGACGAUGCCAGCGCUCCGCAGCAGAGCUGGGGGGAUGCAGGUGCGGCUCCAGCAUCUGGGCAGCUUGGAGACCUCCUUCACUCUCAACCACAAUGCAGGCACCUCAGAAGCAGAUAUUGUGCACCAGGCAUUACUGGAGGGCAAUAUUGCCACCGAAGUAUGCCUGACAGUACUGGACACCAUCUCUUUUUUCACUCAGAGUUUCAAGACCCAGCUUUUAAGCAACGAUGGCCACAAUCCACUCAUGAAGAAGGUUUUUGAUAUUCAUCUGGCCUUUCUCAAAAAUGGGCAGUCAGAAGCAGCUCUUAAGCAUGUGUUUGCCUCUCUGAGAGCUUUCAUUAGCAAGUUUCCCUCAGCAUUUUUCAAGGGAAGAGUGAACAUGUGUGCUGCCCUCUGCUACGAGAUCCUGAAGUGUUGCACUUCCAAGGUGUCCUCCACAAGGAACGAAGCCUCAGCUCUUCUGUAUCUGCUGAUGAGAAAUAACUUUGAGUUCACCAAAAGGAGAACAUUUCUGAGAACACAUCUUCAGAUAAUAAUUGCAGUGAGCCAAUUAAUAGCAGAUGUGGCACUCAGCGGUGGAACAAGAUUUCAGGACUCCUUGCUCAUCAUUAACAACUUUGCAAACAGUGACAGGCCUAUGAAGGCAACUGCUUUUCCUUCUGAAGUCAAAGAUUUGACGAAGAGAAUCCGUACAGUGCUUAUGGCUACCGCUCAAAUGAAAGAACAUGAAAAGGAUCCAGAAAUGCUAAUAGAUUUACAGUAUAGUUUAGCCAAGUCUUAUGCAAGUACCCCAGAGCUCCGGAAAACAUGGCUGGACAGUAUGGCAAAGAUACAUGUGAAAAAUGGAGACUUUUCCGAGGCAGCCAUGUGUUACGUUCAUGUAGCAGCCCUCGUUGCAGAGUUUCUGCACAGGAAAAAACUCUUCCCCAGUGGAUGCACUGCCUUCAGGAAAAUCACUCCCAACAUUGAUGAAGAAGGUGCAAUGAAAGAAGAUGGUGGGAUGAUGGACGUACAUUACAGUGAGGAAGUCCUGGUGGAGCUGCUGGAGCAAUGUGUAGAUGGCCUCUGGAAAGCAGAGCGUUAUGAAACAAUUUCUGAAGUUUCCAAACUGAUCAUUCCUAUUUAUGAAAAGCGGCGUGAAUUUGAGAAACUUACUCAGCUGUACAGAACGCUUCAUGGAGCAUACGCUAAGAUAUUGGAAGUAAUGCAUACAAGGAAGAGGCUUCUUGGAACCUUUUUCAGAGUGGCCUUUUAUGGACAAACGUUCUUUGAAGAAGAAGACGGGAAGGAAUACAUCUAUAAAGAACCCAAGCUGACAGGCCUCUCAGAGAUCUCCUUCAGACUUCUUAAACUUUAUGGAGAAAAAUUUGGGUCGGAGACUGUAAAGAUUAUCCAGGAUUCUAACAAGGUCAACGUUAAAGACCUUGAUCCUAAGUAUGCCCAUAUUCAAGUCACUUAUGUGAAGCCUUAUUUUGAAGACAAAGAAAUCUCUGAAAGGAAAACUGAAUUUGAAAGAAAUCAUAACAUCAAUAGAUUUGUAUUUGAAACUCCUUACACUUUAUCUGGAAAAAAGCAUGGCAAUGUGGAAGAACAGUGUAAAAAAAGGACCAUUCUAACUACUUUGAACUCCUUUCCAUACGUAAAGAAGAGAAUUCCAGUCAAUUAUGAACAUCAGGUUAAUUUAAAACCAAUUGAUGUCGCUACUGAUGAAAUAAAAGACAAGACAGCAGAGCUGCAGAAACUCUGCUCUGCGGGUGAUGUUGACAUGAUCCAGCUGCAACUGAAAUUACAGGGCUGUGUUUCUGUGCAGGUUAAUGCUGGUCCCUUGGCCUAUGCUAGAGCUUUCCUAAGUGACAGCCAGUCCAGCAAAUACCCUACUAAGAAGGUGAAUGAGUUAAAAGAAAUGUUCAGGAAGUUUAUACAAGCCUGUGGGAUUGCUCUGGAGCUCAACGAGCGACUCAUUAAGGAGGAUCAAGUGGAAUACCAUGAGGGGCUAAAAUCAAACUUUCGGGAUAUGGUGAAAGAGCUUUCUGAUAUCAUCCAUGAACAGAUCUACCAUGAAGAUACAAUGCAUUCGCCAUGGAUGCAUGACUCCCUACAUGUCUUCUGUGCGAUCAGCGGAACAUCUGGUGACAGAAGUUACUGUUCACUCAGACCCACUGCUGAAAUAUAAACAUAUCAGUCAUAUUU